ACCACUUCAUCACCGAGCCAAACCUCUGGUUCUACGAGAGUUGCGGAGACGAGUCGAACACGUACGCUACCGAUGCCAACAUCGAGGCGAUCAAGACCGUCGUCGAUUUCGAACGCGACCCGAACUUCACAGAUGAAAACGCUAUCUCCGAGCUGUUCUAA